GAAAGAGAGAGAUUAUGUGUGCCUAUUUGAGAAAGAGUGUGUAUGUCUGUGAGGAAGAGAUUGUGUCUGUGUAUGAGGGACUGUUCUACACAAUGAGUGUUGCACCUGUGUGUGCGUAUGUGCACGCACAAGAGAGAGAGAGAGACUGACUGAGAGAAAUCGGGACAAGUCUUGGUUCAUCUGUCUGCAUUUUAGUCUGAUGCCAACAGACAGGGACCGUGCGUACAUGUCUGUUCUGGACAUGUGCACAAGCGUAUGUGUGUCUGUGUUUUUCCUGCUGCUGUAAGCCAAAAUGGCAGCACAGCAGCUGAAACACUCUGCAGCCUCUUGCACAUCUACAUUUGGAACAGCCACAGUCAGCUGUUGGUAGAGAGCAUCGUUGGUGGAGUUGCAUCCCUGGUCUCCUCCUUCCUCUCCCCUCCCUUCACUCAUCCGUCCAUCCGUCUACUCCUUCUACUCUCCUCUUCACACACGCACCGCGAUUUGCGCAUCGCCUCCUCCGGCAUAAUGACCAACGAUUCUCCGGAGGGGGAGAUCCGGGCUCCAGGCAGCGGCAGCGGAGGAGGAGGACACGCACAAAGAAACCGCGCGGACGACAAUGUCACCAUCCUGACAUCCUCCAUGGAUUACCACAGAGCUAGCCGGAGCCGAGCCAGCAGCAGCGGCUACGAUGCCGCCGCGAGCCUGACCUCCUCAAUGGAGCUGAGCAUCCAGACGCGGAUCUUUAAGAUCAUCGUCAUCGGGGACUCCAACGUGGGCAAGACGUGCCUCACCUUCCGUUUCACUGGGGGGAGCUUCCCCGAUAAGACCGAGGCCACCAUCGGCGUGGAUUUCAGGGAGAAGGCAGUGGAGAUUGAAGGGGAGACCAUCAAGGUACAAGUAUGGGACACAGCGGGCCAGGAGCGCUUUCGCAAAUCCAUGGUGGAGCACUACUACCGCAAUGUCCACGCAGUGGUCUUUGUGUAUGACGUCACCAAGAUGGAUUCCUUUCGAAACCUGCAGACGUGGAUAGAGGAGUGCAAUGGCCAUCGGGUCUCAAAAUCAGUGCCUCGAGUCCUGGUGGGAAACAAAUGUGACCUUGUGGACCAAAUACAGGUGCCCUCCAAUACUGCACUGAAGUUUGCCGAUUCUCACAACAUGCUGCUGUUUGAGACAUCAGCCAAAGACCCGAGGGAGAGUCAGAACGUCGACUCCAUCUUCAUGUCCCUCGCCUGCCGUCUGAAGGCCCAGAAAUCCCUGCUCUACAGAGAUGUGGAGAGAGAGGACGGAAAAGUGCGACUCACACAAGAGACUGAAACAAAGAGUAGUUGUCCUUGUUGAGGAAAUGGUGGAGUGGGAGGCAUAAUCGAAGGGAGGAGAAAAUACUAACUGUACAUGUCGAGGAGGAGGAGGACAGGGAUAAUGGGGGAGUCAGGCUAAAACGAGAGACUUCUAAAUUAAGUGCAACUUUUCUAUUUUAGAGAUCUUGGAUGGGUUGAGGUUGACAUUAAGAGCAAUGUGUUUUCAGAGAGAAGAGUGAAACAUGGAGGUGAGAGAUGACAGCAUGUGCAAGGGGGGGGAUACAUUGUUCUUGAGGAUGAGGACAGGGAGCAGAGAGGAUAAUAAUGAUUUUAAAGAGGAACGGGGAUUAGGAAGUGACAGAUUUAACAAUUCAGACUCCAGACAAUGCUGCCUUUUAGACUCCAAUGAAGAAAUACUUCAGUCGUUUUUUUCAAAAAAUAGACACAAUCUGAGUGAAUAUACUUCCUCCAGGCCCAGUGCACAGGUAAUCACAACACUACAACAAACACAGGUUACUUGUGGAGCUGCCCUGCAAACCAGCCCUGGCUGGCUGGGUUUGUCACCAUUAGAUAACUUUUAUAUUACAUUCUGUCUGAUUCCUUUUCAUUUCCAUGCACAUACUAACUAGAAGCAGAAAUUCCAAACAUUUUUCUACUGCCUUAAAACACUGCCUAAGUCCUGGUUUAUUUAACGAACCAGUCAGGCAAACAUAGCGUAGCAUUGUGGUUUUAGUGUUGUGAAGUAGUUUGUGAACAACUUGAAGUGAUGUUGGUUCCUUCAACCAAGUAAACACUUUAACAGCCUCACCGUCUCUUAAUUUGAGAGGAUGAAAUUAGUUGAAAAUAAUAAAGUACUUGAUAUGUGCCCUUGACAUGUACGACGACUGACUUAAAAUCACUGUGAGAAGGUGAGAAUACACUGUAAACAACAUGGCUCUGGCUGAGGUCAAGGCACCUACAGUAAGACCUUGAGAACAAGGUUUCCUGAAAACAGCCCAUCUCGAGGUUGUCAGGCAGCAUGGGACAUAUUGAUUUAGAGGCUGUAAGAUCCUCUUACCCUUAAGCAGAAGGGAUGCAUUCUUAAGGCGAGGCUCCUCUUUCUCAUCGAAUCGUGAUGUAACAUAUCCACUCUCUAUAUAUUUUCAAUGUUAACAUCCAAAAACAUCCCGUCUUUACCACGUGGGACUGCAAGAAAGGCUCUCCCCUUAUCUUCAGCAUAUUUCAUAAUCUGUAAUAAACAUUUUAAGGUAAAGCUCUUUUGUCUAAGAUGAUGUGCUUUCUGCAUUAGCACCACUGCCUUCACUGCUACACAGCCUGAACCAGGAUGUACAGUGGAAGAGGACUAUUAUGCUCAGUGUCUGAUUGAAGGAAUGAGACCGGGAGUAUGAAUGAUGCAGACUGCACGAACCACUGUAGAAAGCCAUAUUCAUUGUUGACUGUACAGACAUGCUUCACAUAAGGAGCACUGUACAACAUUUAAUGGUAGAGCUAUGAAGCCUGUGUGCAAUAAGACAUCAAACUAGAGGCCUGAGUUUCCCUGUACCCUAAUGUAACACUGUGGCCUACUUCUGAGCAGCGCUAUUAAUCUAUUUGAAUACCAUAUGUAAUGAAUUCAGAUCAGUGAACAUUUAGCUUCAGUGUUUGUUCCAAGAUGACAGUCUGAUAACAUUAUUAUUUUAACUCAAUUAAAAAUUCAAACACGGCCCAAACAACUGUUUUUCAAAUGAAUAACAGAGGGUUUCGAACAACUGCUACACAUAACUGUAACUGUAGAACAUCAGGAAGAGCGGCAGUCAUUCUCAUUCUACAGCAAAUCUGUGACUAAAGGAAAACAUUGUGCAUUUCUAUCAUAAACUCAACAUAUGUAAAAAAAAAAACAAUCACUUCAAAUGACUAGAAAAGGGGUGUCAUUUAGUUAAUUACAUACUUCACUUAGCAAUUUUCCCUGAACGUGAUAUUUGUUGAAAUGACUCCUUCUUUAUUUGUUUUGCUUCUUUGACCAGUAUGUGCUUUUAAAGGAAGGCCUUGACAUUUUAAAAUUCUGUCUGCUAUUUUCAAUAACCUAUUUAAGAAAGGUUACCAUAUAUGUAAUUUUGGUAACACUGAUGCAGCUGAACAGAGAUUAGUAUUGGCAGGUUUGAGCUAGCUUUUUAGCAUUCUAAUAUUCCCAUAAAUAUGAACGCUAAUGUGGUUUUCAAGACCUGGUGAAUGAGUCACAGCAGUGUGAGUAGAGCUCCUCACAACUUCUCUCUCUCUCGCUCUUUCUCUGCCUGUUAUUAGCACACACGCCCAUUGACAACAUCUGUGCAGUCAGACUCAUUUAAAACAUCAUUUUAAAUGUUUUCAGACAUGAAACAAACAGAUUCAUAUUUUGCUGCCAGAUGUAAACGGUCAUACUUAACAUUGUCCGCAUGCAACCAUCGGAUGAAUGUUGAAAACAGGUCUAAACAGGGGCUUUAGUCUUAAACUGGCGGAAGUCAAUUUGCAAUAACAGCUGCCAUCAGAAAUACAGUGACACUGUUUGACUGUAAUCAGUUACAAAACAGCAGCCCUUGCUCAGACAUUUCUACUGAGUAGAUAGCUACAGAAAUAUUAUUUUGCAAGUUCAUAGACAAAAUCAAAGUUGCUCCUUUAAUAAACGAUUUACGAGUGCUGUGAGUUGAUUUUGUGAUGUCAUUUUUAAAUCUCAGAUGACAAUGUAUUUUGGUUUUAAUAUUUUACUGUAUUAAAGUGGUUUUGUCUUAAUUGUCUGUUUUUGCAGUCUCACAAAGGAAGUUCUGAUAAAACUGCUGCAGAAGCCUCA